UAAUGGCAGGGUCAGAGUGUUGCAUAAGUCACUGCAUCUGCUUGACAUUUCAAUCGACCCCGAAUCCGAAUAGAAACUGUGUCACGCAUUUGCCGGCAUCAGCGCGCGUACCGGCCGGCGCGGCGCGCGGCGCGGGCGCGCUGUUGCCGCGGUUCAUUGUGCAAUUCCGUUAGCUACACUCCACGUGCGAAGGAGCCGGCGCGCCUCAAUGUCGCCCGUGGGCGGCCGCCGCCCGCUUAAAAUAGCGAGCCCACCCGAACCCAACCGUGCUUCAGCCGAACAUAUCCGACCGGCCCGAUCUCGGUUCCACCCGUUGCCUUUCAUAUUUUGCUUCCGCUCCCACAAACAGCUGAGUAUCAAAACAAAGAAGCGAGACGGGCUGUCGCCGCUCCCGCUCGCCGGCCGGCCGGUGUGCACGCCGGUCGCUCCGCGCGCCAGUUCUCGUUGGAGCCGUGAUAGUAGAGGUUGUCUGCACGUAUUUGCGUACGAAGUUUACUAGCGCGAAAGGAUAUUCCUUUGUCCUUAUCUUCGAGGACUUGCCCUCGUAUUAUGUUUCCGCGCGAGAGCCGCAAUCAACACCGGCCUUCUGACGAGCCGGAUCGCGUGCACCGUGCCACAUUCAGUCGAAAUUCUAUUCGUUUUGAGAAAAAUAGUGUCUGCUACCGCUGCAAUCGUACCCGUCGAGCGAUUUAAAUUUCUCAUCAAAGUGAGACUGUGAGAGUAGGACCGCAGACACCGGACACUAGAGUGAGCGUGGACUGUGAGCAUCAUGUCGACGGGAAAGCGGCUCGCGAAGCGGUCCAUUAUCGGGACGCGCGUGGCGGCGCUGGACGAAGAGGGAAUAUACUGCUCGGGUAUGAUCCAGGCGGUGAAGACGCCGGCGCCGUUCCCGGAAAAUAUCAACAGCAACUGCAUCAACCUGACGCCUAACACCCGCUACACGGUGCGCUUCGACGGCGGCCGCGGCAGCCGCGAGUACCGCGACACCGAGCUGAUCGGGCCCGGCUUCCGCGGGCUGGCAGGCGUUCGCCUCCGCGCCGGCCAGCGCGUCUUCCUCACCUACAACGGGCGCGAGGUGCGCGCCGACGUGCUCGCGCACGAUCACGCCACGGACGAGCUGCGCGUCCAGGUCCACGCGCCCGGACAGGAGGCGCCUAUCGAGCUAAAGAAAAGACUUGAUGAAAUAAGACUGCUAGAGUCCCGCAAAUCUGCAAGACUCGCUGAUGUGGACACAGACUUUGCUAGACUGGCAGACAUGGCCAGUGGUGACCGCCGCCGUGCCUCCGCCACCAUCGAAGUGCCUGCUCAUCAUAUGCAAGGAUCGCGCAAGCGCCGCCCCAGCAGUUCGUGCGACCUGGGCUACGGCGAGCGCGACGACCAGAUGAACGAGUGCAACGCUGCGCUGGUACUUAUGUCGCUCAGCUGCUCGCCUAACUCGCCGCGUCCAAAUGGGUGGGGCGGGCGGUCGUCGGUGUCGCCGGGCGCCAGCAGCAGCUCGGGCUCGUCGUGGCGGUCGGGCACGCCCUCCCCGCCGCCGGCCUCCUCCUCCUUCAGCGACGAGGGCAUAGCUAUGGACUAUGAAGAUCACCAUCCCCGCAAGAAACGGGUUAACAGUGUAGUGUUCGAGUGCACCUGGAGAGGCUGCGGGUACAUCACUAACUCCUGCUCUUCGAUUGAAAGUCAUAUCAGACUCACGCAUUUAGGCCCUAAGAAAGAAGGAGAGAGCGACCACGAGGAGGAGUUCUACUACACUGAGCGUGAGGUGCCGGCGCCGGCCGCGCCGCCGACGCUCUCGCACCGAGAUAUGUGCCGCCCACCGCACGAGGACCCUGACUACCAGCGCCAGCUAGUCGGCUCCUACAGGCAAGGACUACUGUCCACACUACAUAAUGGAAAUGCGAGGCCUAUUAGUAUUCCAGUAUCUCAUUCCUGGUCCAACUCACACUCUCCGAAACACAUGCGGCUGUCGGCGGCGACCAGUUCGCCCAGCAGCCCGGGGCGGCGUGCGCGCUCCGACAACAAGAAAUGCCGCAAGGUGUACGGCAUGGACCAGCGCGAGCUGUGGUGCACGCAAUGCAAGUGGAAGAAGGCUUGCACGCGCUUCGGCGACUAGCGGCGCCGCCGCCACCUCGCCGAGGCGCGCGCGCACGCGCAGCUCUACCACAAGUAACUCGAGCCUACUCAAUACCGUUCGCCCGUUACCAGAUGGCGUAGCUGGCACGCACUGCUUUCCGAUGGGCGAGGCGAGGUGUUUGGACAAUUGUGACAACACUAGGUGACAAACGACAGUUUUAUAUAAGGUAAACUAGGCAGACGAAUAAGUAUAAGUAUAUGCGAUACAUAUAAAUAUAUUAAAAUAUUUAUUGAGUAUAUAAACUUAAAGGAGACAUAUUUUUUCUCUAAAUUUGGGCCGUUAUUUAAAUACAAUAUGGACAUUGCCCACGUAUUUUUGUAGAACUGUGAAUGAACAUCGCCUUAAAAGAACUCAUGUUAGAGCUCGUAAAUGUCGUAACGUAACCGAAAUCAUGGUAGAGGAGGCAGGGCAGGGCCAGCCGCGCCCGUUGUUGUUGCGCUCACACUGUGAAUAUUUCCUAAUUCUAAGUUCUUAAUGUAACUUUAGACUGACAUAUAGAUCAGUGUGAAAAUAUUACUUUUGUUACAUCUUAUAAGAUCACCGGAUUAUUAUGAGUACUUCUCAUAUUUGAAACUAUAACUAUUUAUAUUCAAAAUGGCCAUUGUUCCACAUCAUUAAAACGAUAUUUUUUUUUAUAUCGGAUGAUAGCUUUUACUUUUAGGUUCAAUCUGAAGACAAAAAUCCGUCCACAUUUUCAAAUGUGCUUUUAAAUAGUUAUAUAAAAAUCAAUGUUUUCACACUGCUUAAAAAAUGGGCAAGUAGAUUAACGUAAAUACAUAAUUACAUGAAUAAUUUAGUGAUAUUAAUCACUUCAAAUAAAUUAUGUAUAUUGACUGAAAUUUUAGAUACAUAAUUAUAAUAAGAUGAUCAUAAUGUCGUAAUAUAUAAAAUAAAAUAGACGUAAGUAAUUAUAAAAAAUCGCUAAUUCGACGAAAAGACUAUUAUAAAACAUGAUUAGAGUAAAAAUUUUGAACAUAUCUGAGUCGUAUGUUGUACUGCGUGAACAAGGAGACAAUACUCAAAGCAGUAGUUCGCAACACGAGAUCGGCCCGCUCCCAUGGGUGAUGGCACUGAUGGCGCUCGUGCGCCGCGUCCGCGUCCGCGUCCCGCUGAGGCGCGCGCACGCCACUCCGGCCGGGCCGUCAGCAACCCGCGCACCUUUGCCCGACUCCGACUCGGGACCCGGGAACGAUGAUGCAUGCGGUCGCCGCGUGCACACCGGCCAUACAUUCGAUUGUAAAACCGUUACUUAACGAACACCGAACCACAAUGAAACACUGUGCAACUAAUGAGCCCAAAAUAAGAUAUUUUACAUUUGCGACAAGAAUACAAAAUUAACAUAACGUUAAGGUAAUUGCUAUUUGCAAUAUUAUAAUAAAAAUAAAUAUUAUAUAUAUUUUGAAGAAUAAACAUGUACAUAAAUAAAUAUUACUUACGUAAUGCAUUCGUAUUUAAUGGUUAAAUAAAGCAAUGUUCAUAUUUGUACAUAAUUAUAAUAUUUACUACUUAUAUCUAAUACUAUAAUAUAAUUACUCAACACAAUUGUCUUAUCGAAUAUGACUUGACACGAAUAACUAUUUUUAUUGAAUAUGUAUAAUUAUGUUGUAUUGUAUUUACGUCUCAAAAUCACCGUUCAGCCAGCGUUAAUGGUUCCAACGGCCAACAAUGUAGAAGCCCGCGAGCCUGCGCCGCGCCGAGACCGCGGCCAACGGAGAGGCCCGCGAGCCUGCGCCGCGCCGAGACCGCAGCGAACGGAGAGGCCCGCGAACCUGCGCCGCACCGAGACCGCAGCGAACGGAGAGGCCCACGAGCCUGCGCCGCGCCGAGACCGCAGUGAAUGGAGAGGCCUGCGAGGCUGCGCCGCGCCGAGACCGCGAGCCUGCGCUGCGCCGAGACCGCGGCCAACGCACGUCCGCCGCACGGCCUCGCGUCCGAUCCUUCUAGGACCCCAUCUAGGUCAACAAAAUAAGAUUCAAAAAAGCGUUAUGCGGAUUUAAUUCCCAGCAAGCUGGAAAUGGUUUUAAUACUUGCAUUUGGUCCUAAAUACGCCUAAUCUGAGUUUGCGCAAUCCCAGGUGUGGCAAAUUUUGGGAGCCUUGGGAGAUACAUUUGUCUUGGAUUUCUAAACCACUCGAUGUAGAAGGAACCCACCCUCAAUUAAAAUGGCACUAACAACAAGGUUUUGUGAAUCAGACACUGGUAAAAAGAAGUUUACGGAUUUUAACAUAAUUAUACCUUUUUAAAAUAAAGACAUUAAAAUUUUACAAACUUACUUCAUAUUAAGGUACCUUUAGGAUCCUCAGAUAUCAAUUUUCAUUAUGAUUAGAGCAAAUUGGAUGUACCUUUUUCGACCUACAAGCAAAAAACUGAAAAAGAGCAAAACAUUAUGCUUACCUCCUGGGAUUGCGCAAACUCGGAUUACACGCAUGGUCAUACCAAAUGAAGAUGUUAAAACGUUUUCCAGCUUGCUGGGAAUUGAUUCUCCGAAAAAAUCAAAUUUGAUUGGCCUAAUCAUCUAUCUAUCAAUUCACGCGGAAAAGUUGUACUUCGAAAGCUCGGUGCUAUCUUGUAUGUGCCAAUUAAAUAAGUCCUUUUGGUUAUUACAGUUGCAGUACGUGAUGCUAGUAUAAUUCUGCCCGUUAGCUUAAAGUAACAAUCUGCACUAACCAUAGUGGAUGGUGAGGGUAAAUGCAAGUCUUCCAUGAUGCAACUUUUUGUAAUACCUACCAAAGCUUAGAUACUUCAUUGUCAUCCCGAUAUUAUUUUUUCCGAUCGGCGUUUGUCGAUGUACGAUUCUCAUCUUGGCUAUGACCCCAGGAAUAUAUUAUUGUUUUUAUUUUAAUCUUAUUAUUGAAGAAAUGCAAGGAAAUUAAUAGUACAUUUCGAUGCUAGUGCGGAAAGUAUGUCAAUGAAGAAUGACAUUUCCGCACUUGUAUCUAACGACGUUUUUUAAUACAGUUGCGAAAAAAUAAGGUAAAACAACAAGUAAGGAAUUCGAAACUUUUAUAUUAUUAAUUCUGUGACAUCAAUGACAUUGACAUUAUGAAGAGGUGUUUUUUUAGCUGGGUGUUAUUAUUAUUGAACCCACUUCAAUGAAAGUUUUUUUUUUUUAAAUGCAUGUUGUAUAAGACAGAAACAAUUGUAAAUAUAAAACAUUGUACUAUUAUUACCCAAAUAUCGUUAAUUACGAUUAUUUGUGUAUCGUACAUUUAUAAAAACAAUAUCGAAUGUUGCCUUUGGAAACUUAAAGCAGAAAGAAAAAACGCCUCUUCUUCGACAGACGUUCCGUUCCAUUCAGACAACUUAUUAAGAACGGUUUUUCAAAAAAUAGACGUGUUAUAAUGAUGAAGAGGUAAGUAAUAAAUAUGUAUAUUUUUCGUAUUCUUACAUUAACAGUAGGUUUUUAUGUUGAUUACGACGUUCAAAGGAAACUAAUAUUAACACCCAUCAAUAAGUAGUCAUGAAUUGGAACAAGAAUAAAUUUAAAAAAAUUGGAAAAGUAAAAAGCACUAGUUCGCGAAAACCAACUUUCCGUACGCUAAACAGCUACGUAAAGUAGCACUUUUUAAGCAACUGUAUUAAAAAAAUUCUUAACACUGAGUUUCCUGAUACAGGACUUUCUAAUUAAAACAUGUGUAACAUACUGAUGUGCUUAUAUGUAAUUAAAAACAAAUAACAAUGAUCUUAUAUCGUUAAGGCAAUAAUUGGUACGCAUGCAUAGUCAAUGUUACUCGUAUUAAUAUAUACUUUGCGCCCAAAAAUACGUGUUUUUUUUUGUAAUAUUUUUCUUACUUACACGUCUUUUAAAAAAGUAAUUAAAAAUUUAAACCACAAUUAUUUAACUAAAAGAACACACGCAUUAUCUAAAAAAAUAUAGUCCUAUUCAACCAUAUGCCGCUGUAGAAAAAUAUGUCGUAUAUGUGAUUUUGUACUGGGGUGCCCUGUAAUGUUAUAUUGCAAUUUAAAAAAAAGGUUAUAGUCAAUAGUCAAUAUAUUCUUUAUUCAAAUAGGCCUAGCAACAAGCACUUUUAAAUUGUCAAGUUUUAAAUAUUACCUUAAUCUAAAUAUCAACAAAACAUUAAGGUUAAUAAAAAUAACGUCCAUCGUACUGCAGCUGAUAUGCACUAUUGCCAUAGAACUCGACCAAACGUGCUUUUAUUUAUUUUUGUUAAUUAAUACAGUAGGAAGUAAUGUUAGCCCUAGUAAUAAAAUAAGUUUGGAUUCAAAUAUAUUAACCGUUUAUAAAUUGUUGAAACUACUAUGGUUGGCUAUCAUGAUUGGAUAAAUAAUCAAUGCGUUAGCAUUUACAUUUACUCACAAGAAACUAAUUUAUAUGAGACUAGUGAGCUUUCUAAAUAUGAUAUGUGCCUUCUUUUCGCUACGCAGCGCUAUUAAUUUUGAUAGAGCAGGUACACUUCAGUCGAGUAAAACGAAACCUACGUCUACGUGCAGAUACCUGCAAAACGCACAUAAAUAAAUAGUAUUAUCAAAGAUUAAUAUAACUCCGUAAUAGUCUAAGGUAAAAACGUGCCUCGAAAAUCCACGAAAUUUUGAUUCUCGAUCAGAUGGCGCCACUAGCUUUGGCCUACUCUCGUAUAGAGGGCGUUGACGGUUUCGUUUGUUAUUUAUAACUUUAACGCAUACCAGUAAAAGAACAUGGGUCUCAAUCAUAUUAAAAUAAUUAAUGCAAAUAAAAAAAUCAUUUAUUCAUAUUUAAAUACAUUUUAACGUAUUUUUAUAAAUCUUCAUUUUUAGUUUUAAAGUAUGUCGUUAGAUGGCAGUGAAUUUACAGUGGUUACAAAAUUUACUAUGACAGUACCGCUCUAUCUUAUUAUAUCCUCUUUGGUAUUAUACAAAGUGGCAGGCACAUAGGUACUAUGUAGGUAUAUCACGUGUCUCACGUGUUGCACUUUUAGUUAUAGAACUUAUACAGGAGGCCAGGGGUAGGGGUAAGAAUAGAGGGGGGAAUAAAAGCCGCCUGAUUUGUGGGUGUAUUGUAUGACUGCAAUGUUGAGCACGCAGCGGCAGACUCGCGCUCGAGACCACCAUGCCUGACUUUGCCAACUGUGUGACGUCUAAACUGAAUCAUUUUUCCACUGCUCGUAACAAUAUGAAUAUCAUUAUUUCUACGUACCAAAGAAAUUAUCAAAGGCCUUGCUCGUGAUAAUCUUUUCAUUAAACUAUCUAAAGCUAAUAAGUAAUAUGUAUAUAUAUAUCAUCAUUCGCUUGCCCUUAUCCCAUUCAUUUGGGGUCGGCGCAGCAUGUCUUUUUCUUCCAUACCUCUCUCUCACCCGUCAUCUCAUCACUCACUCGCAUUCGUUUCAUAUCAUCUCUCACCCAGUCCAUCCACCUUUUCCUGGGUUUUCCUCUCCCGAUACUUCCCUCCACAUUCAUUCGUUAUACCUUUCUCGUCACAUGCCUUUCAUCCCUCCGCAUUACAUGUCCGUACCACGCUAGGCGACUCGCUCUUACUUUUUCUACUAUAGGUGCAACUUUCAGGCUUCCUCUUAUAUACUCAUUCCUUAUCCUAUCCAUUCUUGUCACACCACACAUCCAUCUUAACAUUCUCAUUUCCGCUACAUUAUAUAUAUAUAUUUAAUUUUAACUGAGCAACUUAGACUAUUCCCAUACUUAAAACCUAUAUCUUACUUUCAUUAGAUAUUGGUAAUAUUUUAUUAUAAUAUUGAAAACACUACUCGAAGUCUCUGGGAUGUUAUUUGCACUUGCUUUAAGCUCUCCUAGCCCUUGAAGUGGCUUCCUGCCACCUGCCACUUCAAGGGCUCCUGUUCGCCUCGCGGACAAUUUAACUCAUUUAAAUUUGGAAUUUCAUUAAUUAAAAUAAAAUCGAAAUUCCUUCAACUCAAAAAUGACGAAUGCCACAUGAAAGGAUAUACUUUCGUAUGUUAAUGUUUUAUCAUUUAUUGGGUGAGGCGAGAGGCGGGUUGCAUCAACAAGAAUCAAGUUUUUGUCCACUUACUUACACAGUAUUCUGAAUUUUAAAAACUGUCCAUGAUCUCUUUAAUUUGCAUAUAUUAAGUUAUUACUUAAUGUUAAUUUGAUCCUUGCCUUACAAUUUACAUAAAUUCUAACCACCUUUAUCAAAGAGGAGGUUCUCGAUCUGUUUUUUUAGGGUUCCGAACCCAAAGGGUAAAAACGGGACCCUAUUACUAAGACUCCGCUGUCCGUCUGUCACCAGGCUGUAUCUCAUGAACCGUGAUAGCUAGGACAGUUGAAAUUUUCACAAAUGAUGUAUUUCUGUUUCCGCUAUAACAACAAAUACUAAAAACAGAAUAAUAUAAAUAUUUCAAUGGGGCUCCCAUACAACAUACGUGAUUUUUUUGCUGUUUUUUUCCGUAAUGGUACGGAACCCUUCGUGCGCGAGUCCGACUCGCACUUGGCCGGUUUUUUUUAAAUCACAUGAACAUUAUUUGUCCGUCCUUCAGUCCCUACACCAUAGUAGUCAUCCGCCCGUCGCCGUCGUAGCAGUUUGACAAAGUUUCAGUCAGUCGGGUGAAGUGCGGUCAUGGGACAACUGCGCCUAUGCCACGUUUACAACACUUAAGUAGGUAUAACGGACCACACUUCUACCGAGAUACCAUUUUUCUCAAUAAGGUAAGGAAGGAGCGGUCACGCUCGGCUAGAGGAGUUCCAACCUUUAUUCCAUGCUUUACCUACUUGGAGUUGGCGUGGUUACCCCACACUUGCUCCGACUGACCUUAAUUGCCCAAAUAUAAUGUACGCUACUAAAAUGAGUGUAAAGCGAGCAUGAAACAUCAUACGGAAUUAUUAAUAUUGCGACUCACUCUCCAUACCACCACCUCUUUCCUGACCAUUUUUUUUUCUUUUCGUUUUUCGAGUUUUAUAAUUUUUUACGUACCUGCAAAAAUUACCAAAUAUGAAUUAGAGAUUGCAAUAAAGGUUGUGAUAGAAACAUGAAUAUCAUGUCAAGUUGACGAACCCUCUCGCCGCGACGUCCCGUUGGGACGUAGACAACGAACUCCGCGCUACACGCACUAUCCGUUUCGAUAGAUUGUAGGCUAUAACUACAACUCAGCUAGCGAAUUGACAACUGCCAUAUUAUAAGAACCUAGAUGUAAACGCGGUUAUCUAAAUAGAAUAAUACUUAUAAGUGUUAUAUUAAGUUAAAGUCAUAAUAAUAAAUAUAUAGUAUUGAGUAUGCUAGCCUAGCUAACGAUAAGGUAAAAAGUAUGCACAGUUAUAGUUUAUUGUGCUGAUCUAUAAUUAUGGAAACAAAAUUAAGCAAAAAAAUUUUUUGCCACGCUUCAACAUUGUAAUAUCCACAGACCACCUAUUCUAAAGACAUAGCAUAGUCCCGCUACCCCCUCUGCCACGCAUACGGUAGCUUUACUCGAUACAUUUUCGAAUUUCGAAUCACGCCAUCAAUCCUACUUCAGUCGGCGGACCACAUGUCUUUGAACUGACCAAUCACGGCACGGGACUCGCUCACGUCGUCCCCCGCACCCCUGUAUUUUUGGCAGUAUCGGUUUCAUGAAAUAAUUGCUCUAUAAGUACGAGUUCUUUAGAAAAAGGUGUUCUGUGGUAAUAUCAAAUUAGCGUGAAAAUGAAAGUCGACAGUACAAAGUAUUUUUAUUUGAUUGUUAUGUUAGUUAUGAGUUAGUAUGUGGCUAAAAGUAAAAUAUUGUAAUAAGCAUGUUCAAUGGGUUCUAUAUCUCCUUCAUGCCUUGUGUAGAAUCACCUAACGUCAUGGCCACGACAUUGCGCGACUGGCUUCGGCUAAAGCGAUAACCAUAGGUUGAAGCGAGACAGCGAUCGGACCUUUCGUUCCCACCUAUGGUUUUCGCCUUAGCCGAAGCUAGCCGCGCAAUGUCGUGGCCAGGACGUAAUACUCAUCUCGAACUAAGAAACGCGGUGUCGAUAUACUUCGUUAAUAAAGGUCAGUUGCAUGGGUAUAGAUAGACAACAUCGGCAAGGAUACUAGAAGUUGACAUGUUUGAGGAAUUGUCGGAAGUUGUCGCGCGCGGUGUUCGACUUUCGACGAUUGUGUGUUUAAUUGCUUCUUUUGUAAUUCUAAUACUAGUUUCGUAGUUUUACGGUAUACCGAUCUCAAUAUUAUACCUACGCGAAGCUAUUAGAUGUACAUGGUAUGAAAGAUUGUUUUAUGUUGAAUUUUUGCUGUAGAACAUAAUUAUUUUUGGAUAAUAAAGACAACUUUAUUUAUAUCGCGCUAUUGUGUAGGUACAUAAUAAUGCCUAUUUACUAGUUUUUUUAGCUAAAUUUUGCUCAAUUUAUUACACUACGCCAAAGUCAUACUAUUAAAAAAAUAACAAACAUAUCAGUACAAAAAGCAUAAUCUGUACCUAACCGAUGAUCAGGUAGCUAAUGAAGGAGUUGAGACUUGAGAGCGGUAUGUUGGUGCCGAAAUAUACACAACGUCAAUGAAACUAAAAGGUGUAUUGCAGGUGCACUGCCGCUUCACUUGUAACGUAUCUAUUGGCUAUUCAAAGUGCUUCAUUUCUUCAGGUUUCCUCUAUAUUGGUGUAUGAAAUUAAAUAAGGUAUACCUACUACAAUAUUUUUUAUAUUCUUUCUAUGGCCGAUCUCGACGAAUCUUACAUUUAAUUAACGAGUAUUUCCGUUUUCUUCCUUUAAUAAAUGAAUUGUUAAUGUUUAUGCAAAUAGUUUUACAGGUGUAGUGAAUAAUCCUUUACCAUCGUAUUUUCACGGAAACGCACAAACGUGUCUUGCUAUUUCAGUCAGUCUCGGUACAAAAAGUACUGAGGUUAACUAAAGUAGCAUGACAAAUAAGAACGUUUUCAAGAAAAUCCGAUGGCAAAGGAUUGUUCACUACAUCUGUACAACCAAGCCUUAUUGAAUUAUUGUUAAAAUAGCUUUGUGCGUUGUAGGCGGUAUGCCAAUCUGACAAAUCUCUGGUAACAGUGGUAACACACCCGUACUAUGGCUGGACAGGAACGUCAUCGAUUUUUUACCUUAUUAUUUUCUUAAUAUCUUACUGCAACUGUCGGAUAAUUCCCAAAAAGUACUCUGUCCUGUUGGAAUUAUGCCCGACAUUCCGUAUUGGGUCGGAAUUAUUCGAAUACACCUAACAUAAUACACACCCUGCAUGUUGUACUCAAAAAAUAAUCCAAUUAAUAGUGUAAUGUAAAAUUUGUGUAAUGUUUAAGCGUGUCGUGUGCCCUUACGUAGACCCGAGCAUUAAAAAAAGCAAUUAUGAUUGUGUUAAUUUUCGUCAUAUUACAUAUUUGCAGCAUUCCGAAGGCGGGCGGUACCACUGUAAUAAGGCUACGAUCAAUACCCAUGUAUUUUGUAUCGAUUGUAUCGAUUUAUUUACAUGCCACGUAAUAAAGCCUCAUCAUUCUCAUCAACCAUAGUUUUUUGUUCCAGAAGAGCACUAUACUUUGGUGCCCUUAUACCUAAUAGGUAAUCGUAUGUUCGACCGGGUGGCGAUACCAAUGUGUCACCAAUGAGGGCUAUCGUUUGUUUGCUCACCAGUUGGCGCCUCUGUUGAUGGUGGUCCAAAAGACUAAAGAACAGCUGUCAGUCAUUGAAGUGACAUUUGACAUUUCGAACUUUGCGAAGACCACCAUCCACACUAGCGCCCCUAGUGGCGAAUUCAUACGCGUUAGCCCUCGUUUCACCAAUGUCAUGAUUCAGAUGUUUGUUGAUUGCAAUAGUUAAUUUUUAUUUUAUAUAAUAGAUCAAUUUUUAGAUAUUAUGUGUAUUGUGUACGUAGCAUAUUAUUUACUGAUUAAAUAUUGUAUAAAUGUUUUUCAUUAAUUGGAAACUUGAUUUUAAAUAUAACGAAUAUUGAUUUCAUUGUGCUUAUUAGUAACCCCUUUUGAUAUUAUGGUAAAAUAAUAAAUUAAUAAUGCCUGUAAAGCAAACAAUUGUUCUGUAUUUAGAAGUAUAUAUUUAGAUUAAUAACUACAUAUAUAAUUUCAUAAUAAACUAUACCGUACGAAUGUAAAGAUUUUAAUUAUAUGAUUAGUUGUAAUUUAAGAAAAAUGUUGUUUGUAAAUAAAUUGUUUCGAUGUUCCCAAAAAUUGAUUUGUCGUUAAUAAGUAUAUGUGGGCAAUUAUUGUUUUUGAAAAUAUGUCUCCUAUGUAGAAAUAGGAACGUAGGGGUGUACUCCAUAAAGCGUAGGGGUGUACUCCAUAAAGCGCGUGUCCAACGGCGCGGCUUCGGCUGCUCGGCACACGUUUUACACAUUAUUUGGUCAACGGCUUUGUUUCAAAAAUGUAUCAUUUGGAGCAUUUUGUGUUAUGAUAUUGUUAUAUGUAUGUAACUAUAUUUCCGGUUACACUUUAAGUACACAUCCCGUUUAAACAAGACUGUUCUCAAAUUAAACCGAGAACGCGAUGAAUUAGCCAUUAGCCAUACAAGCAUAUUUUAUUAGCACUAUUUACACCCUAUAUGGUUUACUAUCUGUAUUUGAAUACAUAUACCGAUCCGUGUGUAUCAAUCUUGGUCCAAAAUGUGGCGAAUAUUACUCGAUUUGUAGUUAGUAGUAGGUACGUAUAUAGCUUGAGCCGCUGAAGCAAUGAUUUGAUUGAAUGGUUACCAGUAGUUUUAAGGUUGCAACGUGACGAUCAAACGAUGUUGUACUGCGCACGUGUCCACCGCGCUGCGCCGCGCCGCGCCGGUCGGUCGCGGUGGACUCAAUAUCACAGCAGUUUACCGGCACUGUCAGCUCGAAUGCGUCAUUUCAUUCAUAUCUCAUAUUUUAAUAAAUCCUCUUUCAAUCCCAAUGUUCUCAAUGAAUCAUUAUUGUUGUGUUAAAGAGGCAUUACUGGAUUUAAUAAAUAGCUGGCAGUUCUUCUAUUGUGAUAUUUAUAUUUUUAUUUAUUACUUUUCUAGAUUAUUAUUUAUAUGUUUAAUGUUGGAUGAGCGUGUUUGUUAUAUUUUACUGAGAAUCGUGUUAGAAUAGAUAGUUAUUUUAUAUUGUAAUGAGAAAAAGGUCCAGAAUGUGUUCCAAAUAAAUUGAUUUUGUCAACUAUAGAUAUUAAAGAUUAUAUUAUAAAAGUGUUUUCGUUGAUAUGUUACAAAUAUAAUCGUUUAGAUUGUCAUAUUAUAAUCAAAAUUACCUUUAUUAGCAGUGAAGCUAACACAUUACAAAAUUGAAUAAAUAUAGCAUUGUUGCAAAAAUUGCAACCCCGAGCUCUCUAUAGCAAACUAAACUAAACUUACUACUAUUACUGUAUACUAUACUUCUUUUUUAAAUUUAACUGUGAAAAAUGUAUCUAGACUUACCCACUCAGACAAAAAAUGGAACAGAUAGUAAAUGAAAUUUUUAUCAAAAAAUGUUAAUACUACCUACUGUAAAAUACCGUCAUGCUAGUGCUACACCUGGUAGACUAUUGCCUGAAAUAUUAUACCUCAAUACGUUCAGAAUGAAUUUUGCGUGUCUUGAAAAUAUAUAUUUUAAUUAUUAGAAUAAA